CUCUGUUGGUUCUGUAAGAAACCCUAAAAUAAAUGAAUAAAUAACUGACUAAACCAUGUUCUCUUCCUCAAUCUAUGCUAUAUGGAGCCGUUAUAAACCAUCUUCAGGUGCAUCACAACUUCAUUUCUAUCUUCAGGGAAGGAACAAUUGUCCCUUACAAAAGAAGAAACUAGGAUAUUGAGCUAGCUUUUGGGUUGGCAUGGCUCACUUAGGAGCUCUCUUCUUUGCUCUUGCUAUCUAUCUGAUUUCACUCAAUCUGAGUUCUGUAGAUGCCACAUUUCCUGAACAUGUCCACUUUUCCUGGGGAGGUAAUCAAGAAUUGAUUGCAGGUAAAGGUGAUGAUCUUCAGCUUGUGCUAACCAAUAGGUCAGGAUCUGGAAUUCAAACAAAACAAGAAUUCCUCUUCGGCAGUAUAGAAAUUCUAAUCAAGUUAGUACCUGGGAAUUCUGCUGGCACUGUUACAGCCUACUACUUAUCUUCAACCGGUCCAGCACACGAUGAGAUAGACUUUGAGUUCCUGGGCAAUGUCUCAGGAGAACCUUACACUGUCCACACAAAUGUCUUCACUCGGGGUGUUGGACGCAAAGAGCAGCAAUUUCACCUCUGGUUUGAUCCAACUGCAGAUUACCACAACUAUACCAUACACUGGAACCCAAGCGAGAUCGUGUGGUUUGUUGAUGGGCUACCAAUCCGAGUCUUCCGAAACUAUGAGAGCCAGGGCAUUGCUUUCCCAAACAAGAAAGGGAUGAAGGUUUAUUCCAGCUUAUGGAAUGCUGAUAGCUGGGCAACACAAGGUGGGCGUGUGAAGACUGACUGGAGCUGUGCACCUUUCAUAGCUAGAUUUAGAAAUUUUAGGCCAAGGGCUUGCAAGUGGAAAGGACCAGUUAGCAUCAACCAAUGUGCCACCAAUAGACCUGCCAAUUGGUGGACAUCCCCUGUUUACAGCAAUCUAAACUACAGGCAAAUUCGUCAGAUGAAGUGGGUCAGAAAAUACUACAUGAUCUAUAACUACUGCACUGAUUAUAAAAGAUUCAACUGGAAAAUGCCCUCUGAAUGUUCUUUACAAGACUAUUCUUUAGAAGAAUAUUAGAAGCAAGCAAAAAAAAAAAAAAAAAAAAUUAUGGUUCCAAAACUAGGACACCUCAGUUUGGAUCCAAAAGAGAUGAAUGAACUUUUUCUGCCCCCUAUUGUUUGAAUCAUUCCAGAUUACAAAUGAGGAAUAAACUCUCUGUCAAUUGUAUCUUCCCAACUUAGUAUUAAAUCUUAGUAAUUUUUUUAUUUUUCAA